AGUAGGCUUCUCCCUUUCCUGCUCCUAAAAUUCAACUAUAACAACGAGACGUGCUACAUACAUAGCGCCCAAUAAGUAUAAUUAAUAAUUUAUAAAACAGAAAUCGAUCGACAGCCAUGCCAUCGCCAGGAGGAAACCAGCUGCCGAAGAUGUGCUGUCCAGAGUGCUUCGCGCAGAUAUGCGCAACCUUGCAGAUUGAGCAGGGCACUUCUGUAGUCGAGGAAGUGUCUCCAACUGAGGCUCUUUUGCCCGAAGACGAUGUCAGCGUGAUCGUGGGCAACAUAUACGAGGUCCAUGAGGUGGCUUCGACUGAGGAUCUUUUGUCCGAUGAUAGCAUCAUCAUAAUCAUGGAACCAGAGGACGACUUAAAUGAAGACUACGAGGCGUCUUUCCAGGGAGAUGGCAACGAUCUUCUCCCGGGGGGACACCCAAAUAAUACUUAAAACUAUUUUCAAGAAGCAAACCCCUCAAAAACCAUAAAAACCAAAAAAUAUUAAAGAGUUUGUUCGUUUCGUUGCAGUCUUUAGAAGGAUUACUUCAAUACUCGAUUACAGAACCAAACCAUUAUUUUCAAAGAUUUCUAUUUUGUGUAACCCACCAACAAGCAAUAAUGUAGGACGAACUGCCCUCUGAAACCGGAAUAGGCUCAUCUGGAGGAUCGGAAAAUGCAGCAGAGGGACGCUGACUGGCAGUCCUUGAUGGAGGUGGGCCUGUGCCAAGCAAGGAGGAGGGAGUGAUCAGUGCAAAUAGAUAAUCUUAAAUAUAAAAAAUACAAUACAUAAAGCAGACACAUUAAAGAUUUUACAGUGUUAUAAAUUGACAUAUUUAAGAUAACCUACACGCUGUGGUAUUCAUUCUGAAUCGAAAAUAAAAUAUACUUAUAAGAGAUUUUAUUUUCUCAAAA